AGUACAGGAAAAGUAGUGUUUGGUGUGGUUAGUUUUAGUUGUAGAUUUUCUGGAUAAGCUUAUCAACGGAAGUGGCUUUUGGUAAUUACGAGACUAUAAUAACUAACAGUCAAUUCAGUCCCGGCAGUGUUCCGUACGGUUGAAGGAAAAAGUGACUUGGAUUUCCGGAAAGUCAUUCGCCUCGAUUGACUGACGUGUGUUCUGGUAGAACCGAACGCCUGUAUAAUCAGCCUGCACCAAGCUCAUCAAGGAAUCGACAGCCUGUGAAAGCAUAUGCCGUACUGUGUGUGGUAGCUUUUGGAUGUUCCAGAAAACGAAAAUCGAUUUCUUGCGGUGGUUCGCGGGAAAAUAAACAAGUGUUGUGUAUCGAACAGUUUAAAUUGUGUAGGUAGAAGGCCGACAAAAAAAAGUCGCGAUUUAAUUCGCAGUGUCGCUGGUUGCGGUUCUAGAAUUGGAGGUUUCACGGUUCUCUGAUUUUGAAUGUGCUUUUGAAAAGGAAAAGAAGAAAUAGUGUUUGGUUCUGAUUUAGCACAGAACUUUGAGCUUGCGAAGGAAAAAAACCGAUUGGAGGAGAGAAAAUUAGUGCCCGUCAAAAGUGUAAUAAUUUGAUUUCGGAAACAUCCGCCCGUCGAGUGAUUUGUGGGUGAUUUUGCGGUGUUACCUAAAAUAAUAAGUGCAGUGUCAGCGUCGGAGAAGUGACAGCGGCACAAGAACUGCCACAACAGCAAAGUCUGCGGAAAUAAUUCUCAUCCUGACCUUCUACACAACUCCUGUAGUGCACGGUAGGAUUAGCCGGUAGAUCUAUCAUUCUAAUCAAGGCUUAAAAUAGAAUAAAAUCACAACCGGGAAAAAAGGAGCUCGGCAAAUCUUCAGCAACAGCUGAAUAGCACGGAUUUCCUCUCAUCAGCAGCGGCAAGCAGUAGCAGUCGCCAUUUGUGCGCUGUCAAAAUCCUCAAAAUGUGUCGAUCUCACUAGUUUAUAAAUUCAAGGAAGUACAAUUUGCAUAUUCGCUUUAGUCACCCAAAGUUGUAGUCCGUUUGAAGAAAAGAAGUAGUCGGAGAUUGAGCAUACCGGUAGCGCACGGGAAGCUAGGCGCCAUUAGUCAAAUCGGAACGGGAUACUUGUUUAGUAUUUGAUAAAAUAAACAUACACAAUGGUGGACUACUACAAGGUACUCGACGUGGGUCGAUCUGCAACCGAUGCAGAAAUCAAGAAAGCAUAUAAAAAGCUGGCAUUACGAUGGCAUCCAGAUAAAAAUCCAGAUAAUCCAGAGGAAUCAAACAGGCGGUUUAAAGAGAUAUCCGAAGCGUAUGAAGUUCUAUCAGAUGCUUACAAACGACACAUUUACGACAACCGAAGCACACGGAAGAGCACCGGGUCUAGUUAUUCGGCGGGCGGUGGCAUGCGUGAUAGUAGCAAUUACACUGCGUACACCAACCGUGACUACAGCAGUGGCAAGUACUACGGCGGCGGCGGCAAUUUCGAUCACUACGGCGGACGCUACGGCAGCGGCACACGGUCCGGGCGUGAAAAUAGCCGUCCAUUUUCGUUUCGAGGAUUUUUCGAGACAACACCAUUUUUCCGCUUUUUCGAGAAAAAACGUCGCAUCUACGACCAGUACGGCAAGGAGGGUUUGAUGAGCAAUGGUUCCGAUCGGUACCAUCAGAGCACCCGACAUCGUCGGCACAAUGGCGGUGGCAUUCACGACGAAUUUGAUAUAUUCGGUGGAUUCCCGUUCACGUUCCGCGAUCCGGACGAGGUAUUCAGAGAAUUUUUCGGCGGUUCCCCAUUUGAGGAGAUCUUCAGGGUAACAUCUCACAAUGGGCGUCGGGCGAAUGGAGCCAGUAACGGACAAAGACACUCCCACCCGCAGAAUGUAAUCAGUUCACCGUUCAUGUCACCUUUCAUGAGCUUCAAUCUGAUGGACGAGUUCUUCAAUGCGGACCCAAUGGCGCAUCGGGGCGGAGGUGGCGGGUUCACCUCGAUAUCUGAGUUUAGCGUUGGCAGUGGCCCAAUGAAGCGGACAUCCACCUCGACGACCUUCGUCAACGGGAAAAAGCUGAUGACGAAAAAGGUGUACGAGAAUGGCACUGAGACGAUAAUGUCGUACGAAAACGAUGUACUAAAAUCAAAGACUGUUAACGGAGUCGCUCAAGCAAUUUCCAGUUAUAACCACUAGAGACCGCUAACCAGGGAAGAGAUGAGAGCGAGCAGAGAAAAAGCGUACGGAACGACAGAGAUGGAUGUGAACCAAAAACAAAUUUGAUUGAUGGAAUGAGAGAGAGAGCUAACAUAAAAAACAAAAAGAGAAAAAAACAACCCGCAUAGGAUUAAUUACUACAACUGCAAAUGAACUAUACACUUCUAGUACUAUUAACUAGUGAUUUAGCGUUUACAAAUACUACACAGCAGCAACACAUGGAUAAAACAUAAAACCGCAAACCACCCUACUACAAGCAAAGCGAGCAUACCUUUGCAUCCGAUGGUGCUCGGGUGUUUACCCCGCAGCGUUGCACCUUUAGCGUUUAAUCCAAACAGACCAAAAUGGUUCAAAUACUUACCAUCAUACAGAUUUAUAUUGCACAUCUAAAAAACAAAUUAAAUCGAAACAUCAUAAAAUCAAACAAUUUACCAGAAAAAAAACAUUUUUGUGUCAACUUACCAACCAUACAUAGAGAAGUAAAGCGUUUGCCGAAAGCUAAUGCAAUUAAUGCAACUUACACAAACACACAGUUAGGCUGCCGUAUAACAACAAGAUCAAAUUUAACUUUAUUACCAUUGUUGUUGAACACAAAAGGUCGUAAAAACUAUUUGAACUCAACAAAGUAACUCCAGUUAUCGAAAGCGUGAACGAAUACAAGCUUAAAUAUCUAAUACAGAAUAACCGCACCAGAGACCAUCGCCGUAAUAUGUAUGUAUUGGAUAUAAGAUGUAGCUGUUUUUUUGGAAGCAGACGAAACCUGUUUCUAAUUGUUUCUAGCUGUGCUAACCAGAAACAAUUCCUUUUGAGGUACGACUGUUAUUUUUUACUGAAAUGUAUCAUUAGAUGUAAAAUAAAAUCAUCCAAUCGAAAAAAACACGCAAAAUUAAACUCCAUAGAUGUGUAAUAACCUUGUAAUUAUCGUUUUUUUUUCCUGUGGAUAGGACUUUACGAAAGUUAGGGGCAUAUGUUUCGAGAUCCGUUCGUAAUUGGUUUUAAAUUACGGCUAUGCUUUAGGUUGUUAACAAGCUGCUGCAUCCCACCAUCGGGAGAGAAGUGCGCAAACUGACUUUCACAGCUUUAUAGUUAUGUACUUAAGCAUUAGUUUUACAUUUAAUUCUAAUGUAGAACAAUUCACUACCAUCAAGACAAACAUUCGGUUCGGAGCAAAAGGCUCAGUUUCGUCAUACGCUGCGACAGGGAACCUAAUGCUAAUGAUUUUCAUUUUACGAACUUCGUUUUUUCGGUUCCUGUGGGGGGAAGAGCGGAGAAUCGUCCGAAGACGAUUGCCUUCCGGUUUAAUUUUGCCAUCGCUGUUAAGUGCUUUUUCGAUCGCCUAUAAUUGUAUAAUCUAAUAAAACUAUGAUCUAGACUAAUUACAACACUGCGCGCGGAUCAUUAUUGGCGUGCGCGCGCGUAUACAUAGCGUAGGAAGCGAAAUGUGACAGAGGAUUGACUAGUUUAUUUUAGUUACUUUUUGUUUUGUUUUGAGUUCCGAAAACCAACAGAGGUUAUAGCGAGCGAGUGUGUUCUGGAUCGCGAGUGUGCUGUCACAGGUGAAGUCUAGGAAACGAUCCAAUCCCAUUUUGUAUAAUGUUCAUUUCCUGUUAAGUGAAAACUUGUCGGAUGUAGAGUAAAAUAAAUGAAUGAAAAUGAAAUGUAAACCACGUUUUUUAUCAGGAUUUAAUAAAGCUAGUAAGUGGAAAGCAGAGUAACCUAACGAGGCGGAGUAAAACAAAACAAAGCGAAGUGAAGUAAUUAAUUGAUGGAGCUAAGACUUUGUUUUUUUUUGUAGUGUAACAUAAUAAAUUCAUAACAAUGUGUAACAGGAAACAUAAAUGACGGAAAACGGAUAUAAUAGUUACAACUAGCUGAUUAUUAGUAUGCUACAGUAAAAUUAUGGCGACAUCAAUAGAUCGAAGCGUAUGUUACAGGACAAACCAGCAGAAUAUACUAAUAAAAAAAAACAGCAGCAGAGUGGAGCAGCGAAUUUUAAGCAUUAAAGAUUUCUAA